AUGAGCAGCUUCUCAGAGCUGUCUUCCUCCCCAAAGCUGCGAGUGAACGAUGACGUCUUAGAUAGGGGAAGACCGAAAUGCUACUCCCUUCACCAUGGAAUCCUUCUCCUCACAGUGCUUGUCUUAGUCUUCUUUGGCAUGCCUAUCAGACAGCUGGAUGACCAGGAAGUUGUAACCAUGUCAAGGUAUGUGGUGUUCCUUAAGCUGUUCCUGGAGACAGCAGAGCAGCACUUCAUGGUGGGACACAAAGUCAUCUACUACGUCUUCACUGACCGGCCAGCUGAUGUGCAACAGGUUGCCUUGGGUGCAGGACGGCGGUUGGUGGUACUAACUGUUCGCAACUAUACUCGAUGGCAGGAUGUGUCCAUGCACAGGAUGGAGAUGAUCAGUCACUUCUCAGAGCAGCGCUUUCUACAUGAGGUGGAUUACCUGGUGUGUGGAGAUGUGGACAUGAAGUUCAGUGACCACGUGGGUGUGGAGAUUCUCUCAACACUCUUUGGUACCCUGCAUCCUGGCUUCUACAGUAGAGGCCGAGAGUCAUUUACCUAUGAGCGACGGCCUAAGUCCCAGGCCUACAUCCCUAGGGAUGAGGGUGACUUUUACUAUGCAGGAGGCUUCUUUGGGGGUUCAGUGGUGGAGGUGCACCAUCUCACCAAGGUCUGCCACAAGGCUAUGGUGGAGGACCAGGCUAAUGGCAUUGAGGCCGUAUGGCAUGAUGAGAGCCAUUUGAACAAAUACCUGCUUUACCAUAAGCCUACAAAGGUGCUAUCCCCAGAGUAUGUGUGGGACCAGAAGCUGCUGGGUUGGCCCUCCAUCAUGAAGAAGCUGAGAUAUGUGGCUGUGCCCAAGAACCAUCAGGCAAUCAGGAACUGA